UUCUCAUCUCUCUAUUCCAGUUCAUUGAAUGAACAAGUGAUCACAACAGGGAAUAAUUCAAUAUAUACAUUUAAUGUAACCCGUUUUGACAAUCAAGUGAAAUAUGAAUGUCAAAUCUGGAAUCAAGCACUUGCAACACCACUUCGUAUUGAACAAUAUUUACACGUUAAAUAUCGACCAUAUGUGAACAUACUUGAAGAAAUAACGAUAUUCUCAAGUGAACAAAAUCAAAUAAGAAAAAUAAUCGGUAUUGAAAAUCGACAACAAAAUUUAACAUGUCAAAUUGAUGCAAAUCCACCUCCGACAGCGAUCUAUUGGAUGACAAAUGAAACAACAAUUGUUAGCCGUGAAAAAAUACUUUAUAUACCACGAUUAACAUCAGAACAACAUGGUAUCUAUACAUGUAUUGUAGAAAAUUCUAUUGGUAAAAUAAAUCAUUCGAUUUAUCAUGAUGUUCAAUAUUCACCUCGUGUUCGAACUAUUGAAUCUCGUAUUGUAACAAAUCGUUCGGAUUCAAUUGUAAUUCGUUGUUUAUCGGAUUCAAAUCCAUUACCAUAUCAAAUAAUAUGGUUUAAGAAUAAUACGGAAAUAUUACGUCAAAAUCAUUUAACUGAUUUACGUUUUGAUCAUGUUGAACGUAAUGAUUCAGGUAUAUAUACAUGUUUAGUAUAUAAUCGUUUUUAUAAUAAUCAAACAAGUAAUGGUUCAAGUGCAACAGAACUUAUUGUACAAAGUCGUCCAAUUAUUGAAACAACCUAUUCGAAAAUUGCAUCAGAAAUUGGUCAAUCACUAACAUUAACAUGUCGAGUUAUUGGACAACCAAAACCAAAUAUUAUUUGGAAACAUAAUGAUAAAUUAAUUCAAUGUGAUGAAAUAAUAAAUGAUAUAUGUUAUUUACGUUUUUCAAAAAUACUUAAAAAUGAUUUUGGAAUAUAUAUAUGUAUAGCGGAAAAUCUAUUAGGAAAAGAAGAAUGGAUGUAUACUAUUGUAUCUCGAGGUAAACCUGAAACACCAACAGAUAUUCUCGUAUCAGAAAUAACAUCAACAUCAUUUAAAGUACAAUUUUCUCCAUCAUUUGAUGGUGGUAGUGGUUCACAACGAUUUACAAUUGAAGUGACAGAUUCAUCAAAUUCAUCGAUUAUUACCGAACAAAUACCUUUCAAUAGUUAUGAAUAUACAAUCCGAGGUUUGAAUGAAUCAACAUUAUAUCUAUUUCGUAUUCAAUCAACGAAUAUCUAUGGCGGAAGUCCCUGGAGUAAUGAUAUACCUGUACAAACCAAUGAAUUAAUUAUUACAUCCGAUGAUUUACCACAAUUACGUGUUAUAUCGUAUAAUUCAAAAGAAAAUUAUCUACAAUUUGAUUAUUUACCUGAUACUUCUCGUUUAUUUAAAUUAAAUGAAAAUCAAUUAUGUUUAAAUAUACGUCAAUCAGCAGAUGGAACACUUUAUCAGCCAACUCGAGAAUGUUUACCUAUAUCUAAUCAUCGUGCACAAUGGAUAUUAGAUAAGAAUUAUUCGAAUUUAAAAUUAUCAGUUUGUUCGAAAAAACGUCGAAAUAUUUGUGGACAAGAAAUUGAAAUGAAAGAAGAAUUUAACAGUGGAAAUUCUGCACCAAUGAUUAUUGGUAUUCUUACAAUGACAAGUUUUCUAAUACUUGUUAUUAUAGUUAUUGGAUGUAUAUGUUAUCGAUCGAGAAAACGUCACUUAAAAUCGGAUAUGAAUAAAUUUGGUAUUACUGGUCUUGAUCAAGGUGUUAAACCAGUUAUUUCCGAACCUCGUCUUCAAAAUCCAUAUAUGUUAUAUUCGAAUUCAAAUUCUCAUUUAUCUCCAUAUGAUAGUGAAUAUCAACAAAGAAAUAUAUCAAAUUCAUUUAAUUAUUCAUGUGACAUUGUUGAUCGAGAACAAUUAAAAGAUGAAUACGGAACAACAAUACGUACAGCAACAAUUCAUGCGUCACCUCAUUGGAAUCUUGGUGCUACUCGAUCUAGUUCAAAUCCAUCAUCAGAAUCUAGUUGUGCUACACAAAAUACAAAUAUAGUUCUUGUUAAUGGCAAUGAAAUACAACAUUUAGAUCCUGCAUCAACAUCUAUUUCUCAUUAUGGUUUUCCACCUAUAAUGUCUCCGUUACAACAUCAGCCAUCUAUUAUUCAAAGUUCAUCUUCGAGUGAAAAUUCUACACCAAAUCGAAUCAAAAGACUUUUUUAUGAAGUAGUUGUUUAG